AUGGAUAACAAAACCUUCGUAUCGGAUUCUCUGAUCCGCUUGACAGGCGCAUCCGACCCUAUAUCCGUGGACUUCGUGCUUGCCGAAGCCAGCUCCUCCAAGUCUGCAUCCUCCCUCCAAGACAAACUGCUUUCCUUCCUUGAUGGCAGUCCAGAUGAGAUUGGCGCAUUCUGUAGCCAGCUUUUUUCGCGCGCGGGGAAAGCACCACCUCCCAAUGCCUCGUCUAGCCAAAGCACAGCAAGCAAGGCAUCUACGAAAAAAAAAUACAGCAUGGUGGAUAUGGGCGAAGAGCUUGAUCAGGAGCCGGGCUUAGGCCCUGUCAAUGUCGAGGCCGAGCGCGACCGACGAAGGCGCCGGGAUAAGGAGCGAGAAAGUGAUAGAGACCGAGGCAGGACUAAGAAAGAUGCCGAGUCAAAUAGUCGUUGGGAGACAGACGACAACCGAAAACGAGACCGCAGCCGCGACGCCGAGAGUCGCGACCGUCCACGAUCAAAGAAGGUGCGGAAGAAGGAUUCAGACUUCGACAAUCGGUGGGGCGACGAGGAGAUGCCAGAGGAUGAAAUAUACUCCGACACAGCCCAAGACGAAUUUGCAGAGUCGGCCUCAAAACGCACGAGGCUUGAAGAUGGAUCAGCUUCCCCACGCUCCCCAUCGCCAGCCGACGAUAUUGAUCCACAAACCAAACAGGAGAUUGAUCGCCAACGUGAUCUCCGCGAGAGAGAUGAAUUCGCGAAGCGAUUGGCCAAGAAGGACGAUAAGAAAUCCAAAAAGAUUGUAGAGGACAUGACCCGGGAUGGAGAAGCUGCACGUCGUCGCGCUCUGGCUGAUGACGCCGAUGCCAGGGCGGCAGUGAUGCCCGAUUUGCGACUUCGUUCCCGCCAAGAAUAUUUAAAGAAACGUGAAACAGAGCGACUGGCAUUGUUGCGACGUCAGGUUGCCGAAGAGGCUAUUGAAUUGCGCGAAAACCCUAGUCUGACUCGUCGCGAGAAGGAAGAGUUUGCGCGCAACAGAGAGGUUCUACGCAUUGCUGAGGAGCGGCUACGUAUCGAUGACCACCGCGAUGGCUACAUGAUGCCAGAUGACUACAUCACGGAAAAGGGAAAGAUUGAUCGCAAAAAGAAAGAAGAUGCACUCUAUAAGCGAUACGUGGAGCGCGACGAAUCAGGCCAGGAGAAAUUCGUGACAGAGCACGAAGAAUGGGAGCUAGAGCAAUCAGCCAAGGCCAAGGCGCAAAUCAACAAGGCAGAGUUCGUUGAUGAAGGAGACUAUGAGUAUGUCUUUGAUGAUUCACAACAGAUCAACUUCGUCAUGGAUUCCAAGCUCGAGGGCACAGAAAAGCUUUUGACCCAGGAACAACGACGAUUCAAGGAGGAAAUGGAUGCAGCGGAGAAGAAGGCUUUAUCGAUGGAGGAGACGCGGAAGAGUUUGCCUAUUUAUCAGUUCCGUGACCAGAUCAUUCAAGCAGUUGCUGAGCACCAAGUCUUGAUUAUUGUCGGUGAAACUGGUUCCGGAAAGACGACACAAAUCCCACAAUAUCUUCACGAGGCCGGCUACACCAAAGAUGGCCUGAAGAUCGGUUGCACACAGCCACGUCGAGUGGCCGCCAUGAGUGUUGCAGCCCGUGUAGCAGAGGAAAUGGGGUCAAAGAUUGGAAAUGAGGUUGGCUAUGCCAUUCGCUUUGAAGAUAACACCAGCGACAAGACCAUUCUCAAGUACAUGACCGAUGGAAUGCUUUUGCGAGAACUGUUGACAGAGCCCGACCUGAGUCAGUAUUCAGCACUGAUGAUUGAUGAAGCUCACGAGCGGACGGUGCCAACGGAUAUUGCCUGUGGUCUUCUCAAGGACAUUGCUAAAGCGCGACCUGACCUAAAGCUCCUCAUCUCGUCUGCGACAAUGGAUGCACAGAAAUUCCAAAAGUACUUUGAUGAUGCUCCUAUUUUCAACAUUCCUGGCCGGCGAUACCCCGUUGAUGUGCACUACACCUCGCAGCCCGAGGCUAACUACCUGGCAGCCGCCAUCACCACAGUAUUCCAAAUCCACGUCACACAAGGUCAAGGUGAUAUCUUGGUAUUCUUGACCGGUCAAGAGGAAAUUGAGGCUGCCGAGCAGAGUCUCCAGGAAACAGCUCGAAAAUUGGGCAGUAAAAUCCCAGAAAUGAUUAUUUGUCCUAUCUACGCCAAUCUGCCGUCCGAACUGCAGAGUAAGAUUUUCGAACCCACGCCGCCGAAGGCGCGUAAGGUGGUCUUGGCAACAAACAUUGCUGAGACUAGUUUGACCAUUGAUGGCAUUGUCUACGUGAUUGACCCUGGUUUUGUCAAGGAAAAUGUGUUCAAUCCGCGUACCGGUAUGGAGAGUCUGGUGGUGACCCCUUGCUCUCGGGCCUCGGCGAACCAGCGGGCUGGUCGUGCUGGGCGAGUCGGUCCUGGUAAAUGCUUCCGACUUUAUACCAAAUGGGCAUACUAUAAUGAGUUGGAAGAGAACACCACACCAGAGAUCCAGCGGACCAACCUCAACGGAGUGAUUUUGAUGCUGAAAUCCUUGGGUAUUGACCAGCUUCUUGACUUUGACUUUAUGGACCCUCCGCCCGCAGAGACUAUUAUCCGAGCUUUGGAGCAGUUAUACGCGCUUGGAGCUCUUAACGACCGCGGAGACCUGACAAAGGUUGGCCGACAGAUGGCCGAGUUCCCGACGGACCCGAUGCUGGCAAAGGCGAUCCUCGCAUCAGGGCAAUAUGGUUGCGUGGAGGAAGUGCUCUCGAUUGUGUCGAUGCUGAGCGAGGCCAGUGCUCUGUUCUUCCGUCCCAAGGACAAGAAAAUCCAUGCCGAUAGUGCACGCAACCGUUUCACUAUCAAGGAUGGUGGCGAUCACCUGACCCUGCUCAAUAUUUGGAAUCAAUGGGUAGACUCUGACUUUAGUGUUGUAUGGGCCAAGGAGAACUUCCUCCAGCAGCGCAGUCUGACCCGGGCACGCGACGUUCGUGAUCAGCUCGCCAAGCUCUGUGACCGUGUGGAAGUGACUGUCAGCUCCUGUGGUGCUACGAACAUUAUACCCAUCCAAAAGGCCAUUACAUCCGGCUUCUUCCCCAAUGCAGCCCGUCUGCAGCGUGGAGGUGACAGUUACCGCACGAUCAAGAACGGACAGUCCGUGUAUUUACAUCCGUCCAGCACGCUGUUUGAGGUCAACCCACGAUGGGUGAUUUACUUUGAGCUGGUCCUCACCAGCAAAGAGUACAUGCGCAGUAAUAUGCCCCUGCAAGCGGAGUGGUUGGUAGAAGUUGCACCACAUUACUACAAAAAGAAGGAUCUAGAGUCACUAGGAUUGGAUCGCAAAGUGCCCAAGGGGACAGGGGCCACUGGAGAGAAGAGUCGGACAUGA